AUGGAUGGCCAACGGCAACAGCAAUAUAUUCCGGUUCCUCCUCCUUCCGCAACGCAGCCCUCGCAGGCGCAUAUGAUACCUCUACCGCCACCGCCGCCUCGAUACGCCCCAAGCCAAUCUCAGAAUGUGAUGCCUCCGCCGCCCCCUGGGCCACCUCCUGGAGCAGGAUACGGCGCAUCCAAGCUCACCAAUCCUCAACUGCAGCAUCAGAAUACUCUAGGCUGGCAGCAACAGACCUGGGCCAGACAGGCUCUGUCCCAAGGCUUCCUACCUCCCCCGCCGCCCCCUCCUAUGGUCCCUACAAAUCAAUCGCCCUACGGUCGUCCAAACGGCCUUUCAAUACCCUCUUCAACUGAUACCCGAACGUCUGCAACUUACGUUCCGCAACCUGGUUCGUUCGGACCGGGUGUCGGAAUACCGCCGUUUGACGUGCAUUCUGCUCCGAGCUACGAGAACCCAGGAACCAUGCCCUCGGCCGAAAGACAACGACUUCCUUCUUCGCAGGCUUAUGAGUAUUCAAUGGGCGAUUCUUCCACAUACAAACGGGACGCCAAUGUGCCUUCGACGCCGUCCUCUCGUACUCUCCCAUCAUCAUUGGCAGUCAAUGACGGUUCUCAUGAACCACUCACGUCGGGAUUUGCGGCCACGGCCUCCCAGAACCAAGUACUGCAGCCCGCGCCAACGAAUGAGCUCACAAAAUCGCCUAGUCAUCGCCAUAAUAACAGCAACACUCUGCUUGGAGGUAUGUCGCCCAACGAAGCGGCCGUGCAAUGGCCGCUCGAUCGCGUUCUCUUAUGGCUUGCGAGAAACGGCUUCUCGAAAGAUUGGCAAGAAACCUUUAGGGCGCUAGAAAUUGAGGGAGCAGAUUUCCUGGAAUUGGGACAUGGUUCGAAUGGCCGCCCAAAUCUAGGCAAGAUGCACAACGUCGUCUACCCUCAACUCGCAAAGGAAUGCGAAUUGAGCGGUACGGGCUGGGACCAGACUCGUGAACGCGAGGAGGGCAAACGCAUGCGCAAGUUGAUUCGCCAGAUUCACGAAGACGGAACCUAUGAUGCAGACUUAUCGGUGCAGAAGCGCCGAGAUUCUCACCCCAAUAGUGCUUUCGACGGAGGGCAUGAAGCUUCGCCAAAAGUGCCUCCUGAACCCCGCUCUGCCGGCCCGUUCUCAGGCAGUGUCGCCAAUAGCCCUAAAUUCAAGGCUUCUCAGCUGGCUCAUAAUCAGAGGCAGAGUGCGCAGAUGCGCUCAUUCACAACCCCGAUUCCCAUUAGUCAUGAUCACGCAUCAUCUGACUUUGGCAAUAACGAUACCGGUACCAUGUGGCCGCGAUCGGACUAUUCCAGGGCGGUGCUGUCUAGCAUCGGCGGGGAUCAUCAAAGACAGAGUCCUUCGAUGUCCAGCGAUGGUGGGACUUUCCAAAUUCCGAUUCGACCCUAUGAGGAGAGCCCUAAAAGCGGGAGCCCAGCAACACAGCAUGCAACCCUUGCCCAGCCGGGACCUUCUUCAUCGACAGGUGACUUAAGCGUCAAGUUUGAACACUCUCGUGGAAACAGCGCAGACUCCUUGACGGGACGGCGUUAUUACGAGUCUUUCAGACAGGAGGGCGGAGUACGACCUUCGCCCCAGGAAUCGUAUAAUCGCCAGUCCGGUGGGGAAACGCCUUCCUCAUAUCCCAAGGAUCAUCGAACAGGUCUUCUGAACUUCUUCAAGAAGAGGACUAAAGGAAGUGACUCUAAUCACCCAUCCCCUGAAGAACAGUUUCUUGAGUCUCCAACAAGCCCAGUCAACACACGUCAGAAUGGUUCCCAUCUCCCUUACGCGAAGCCGAAUUUCAGUACUAGUGAUAUGUCGCUGGGUGAACGUCCUUCAUCUGCCUCUAUGUCUGAUCAUGAGCGGUUGGUAAUGCGUGCAAAACCGCAGAAAGCCAAAAAGUACACACUCGUUACCCUGGAUGGAUGGAACUAUCGCUUGGUGGACAUAACUGAGAUGGAUUCUGUUGAGACGCUGCGCUCUGCGAUCUGCCAGAGCCUCGGAAUCUCUGAUUGGACCGCGGCCCAGAUUUACUUGACAGAACCUGGACAGACCGAGCAUGACGAACCGCUGAACGAUACUAACUUGGCCCUGUGCCGGAGGUCAAGGUCCGAUUUCUUGGGGUCUCUCAAGUUGUUUGUACGAGGAUCGCACAUGCAGCUGGGUACGAAUACUUUCCCUCAUUUUGCAGGACUGGGAGUCUCAUUCCCAGACAAAGCGGCUGCGUCACCGACAUCGGCCCAUCAAGUACAUAGGAAGCCACUGGAUGAAGAGGCUUUGAACAGGAUAUCCCCUCAAACUCAAAACAAGCCUACUUCUCCACAGGCAUCUUCUUCACGGCAACAGCUGAAAGCGUCUUCUGCUAAAUUUCCGCGUGACGUGUCGCAGACUUCCAUUGCGGCAUCUCCCGUGGAUCAUGCUGCAGAUGCAGCGCUGCUUGACGCUGAGAAAGCGGAUCUACUAGCGCGCCAUGAGGAGCAUAUGCGCGAGGUCGAACGCAAACAGAGAGCCUACCGCAUCUCGAAAGUGCCUCCUAUGCCGCAGCCAAGGAAGGAUGCUUACGGUGAAACCGGCUAUAGGCGGGAAGGUGUCAUCGAUUUCGACUCUCCCCGCAUUUCACCUUACGAAGACAAGAAAUCCGAGCCAUUGGUGCCUCUCCGCAAACCUCCGACUGCGCCACAUGAAUCAAACACUCUCACAAAGGUCAAUUCUCUCAGGAAGAGGGACAUUGAUCGUCCUCGUGCUCAGCCUCCUGCCCAAGCACAUGGCCUUGGAGCCGCACUGGCUAGUGUUGGUAGGAUCACUAGCGCUAUUGGAACACCGUCGCCAUCUGUACCAGCAGCAACGGGCUCAUCCAGCCCAAAUAUGAAUGCGGGAGGCAGCCCCGCCCUAAACCAUUCAGACGAGUCGAAGGGAUCAUAUCAGGAUAGCCAAGCAACACCAACGGCGCACAGCGCGGAGUCGCCAGUCAAGGGUAAUACUACACCUCAAGAACCCAGGCCGGGCUUGCAGUCCCGUAAAUCCUAUGGGCCUGAAUUCGACUUUGAGGAGACGAAGGUCUCGUUUCAACGCUCGCCCUUGCCACAGGAAGAUUCUGACGAUGAUUCCGAUGACGGUCUCUUUGCCAUUCCACUCGCAAAUGCUAAAUCGCCUGUGACGGAUAAGGGGUCAAUGACUGGCUCGCCAGAGUCGCAAAAGAGAGCGGCAAAGCCGUCACUCACACUGAACACUGAAAAUCGGCUACGCAAAGGACUUUCUGUGAGCUUCAGGUCUCCGAGUGCUACUCGUGACACUUUCUUAGCGUCUAGCGGCGACUCGAGCAUUCCAGAGGCAUAUCACUCUGAUAUGACUGCUUCGCCAGAAGACGAAAGACCGCCUCGCAGAGACUCAUUUGCUCGAGGCGAUAUUUGGGCCAGCAGACCUCCCGUCGAAGGCGUCAUCGAUCAUCUCGACGACUUCUUCCCUGACAUUGACCUUGACACUCCUUACCUGGACGGACAGGGCAUGUCUCCUCCGUCAUCUCCAGCAAACAAAGUUGCUGCCGAGAAUGAAUUGAGCCAUAAGGAAAAGCCAGAGAAUCCAUCAUACUCUGUUCCACAUGCUUCGACACCCGUCAACAUACCCAGCGAACCACCCGUCAGGCCCCCUGAGCCUGGUGCUGUUGCACGACGCAAUGUUAGCCGCUCCGGAGGCGGACUUACUCGAAUGAAGUCUAUUCGUGAAGUGGCUAAGGGAGCCAACCAAGCCAGCAGGAAUAGAAGCGUGACCUCUUCCACAGGUAAUCAAAGAUCCGGCGACAUUCUUCGUCGAAAGAGCACCAAGAUGUUCGGCGCCAAGAUCAUGCAGAUCAGUCCGAAACCCGGCAGCCGCUUGAGCCAGCUUGACCCUAUCCCCCAGACUCAUGCUCCACCCGGUAACAUCCCUCAACGGCAGCCCACUUUCCGUAUCAUCCGCGGUCAGUUGAUCGGCAAGGGAACAUACGGCCGCGUGUACCUGGGCAUGAACGCCGACAAUGGUGAGGUCUUGGCUGUGAAACAGGUGGAGGUCAAUGCGCGUAUCGCGGGGCAAGAUACUGACCGGAUCAAGGAGAUGGUCGCUGCGAUGGAUCAAGAGAUCGACACCAUGCAGCACCUGGAACACCCCAACAUUGUGCAAUAUCUUGGUUGCGAGCGAGGUGAUCUAUCUAUCUCCAUCUAUCUCGAGUAUAUUUCCGGUGGUUCCAUCGGUAGCUGUCUUCGGAAGCAUGGCAAGUUCGAAGAGAGUGUUGUCAAGUCCCUCACGCACCAGACGUUGAGCGGACUGGCUUACCUCCACGACCAGGGUAUCUUGCACCGUGAUCUCAAGGCGGACAACAUCCUGCUGGAUCUCGAUGGAACGUGUAAGAUCUCCGAUUUCGGUAUCUCGAAGAAGACCGACAAUAUCUACGGCAAUGAUUCAACGAACUCCAUGCAAGGCUCGGUCUUUUGGAUGGCGCCCGAAGUCAUCCAAUCUCAGGGCCAGGGCUACAGCGCCAAGGUGGAUAUCUGGUCCCUUGGCUGUGUGGUGUUGGAAAUGUUCGCUGGUCGUCGGCCAUGGAGCAAGGAAGAGGCCAUUGGCGCCAUCUUCAAGCUCGGCAGCCUGAGCCAGGCCCCGCCUAUCCCAGAAGACGUCUCCAUGAACAUCAGUCCUGCAGCUCUUGCCUUUAUGUAUGACUGCUUUACUGUGGAUUCCCUCGACCGUCCCACCGCGGAAACUCUCCUUACCCGCCACCCCUUUUGCGAACCCGAUCCCAAGUACAACUUCCUCGACACGGAACUCUAUGCCAAGAUCCGGCAUGUCCUUUGAGAGACCGCAAGAAAAGCAAUGUAGUAGUUAGUGUAAAGUCAGUCGCGUUUAGCGUUUUGCUGUUGGCUCUCUCUCUCUCUCUCUCCAUCUUGCCCCUGCAUUGUACUGUUUCCCCCUGCUCAUACCCCUUCACUCCGCAGCUUGACUUUGGCAAUGUCUUGUGCAUACAUAGCACCGAGGAAAGGGCCUUUGUCGGAUCACCAACCUCAAACCCACUCCGCGUUUCGCUGUUUUGAACUUCACCGUGUA